AUGGGUACCUCGAGACUGUAUUGGGAAAGACGGCGAUGCGGAUUAGAGGAGAGGAAUCCAUUGGGGAAGAAGAAGGCGAAAAUGCAUCCGGAUAAAACUCCAAUCCCAAUUGCCAUCGCAAUCCGCGAUCCUUCUGAUCCAAUCUGUUCCACGUCCAAAAUGGGUCUUUCAACAUAUUCCAGUGCAGCUGAUGCGGGUGUACUCUGUGUAAUUCUGGCAAACACAGCUAUAUCCAUUUCAAUUAUGAAGGAGAUUGUUCGGUCUCUGCUUCUUGUCAUUGGCAUCCGCAUUGCAUCAUGGGAAGAAUUCUCCAUGGAGCAUUUAGACUCAGUUCAAUGUCAUAAAAGUCCGUCAGAAUCGUACAUUGAUGAGUUCCGUAGCCGAACACCGGCGAUACGCUAUGAUUCAACGUUCGCAUUUGACUGUCCAAAACAAGAGUGCUCGGUCUGCUUGGCUGAAUUCAAGCCAAAUGCAGAGGUUAACCAACUGUCUUGCGGUCAUGUUUUCCACAAGUCUUGUCUUGAGAAGUGGUUGAACUAUUGGAACAUCACGUGCCCUCUUUGUAGAAAUAACAUGGUUCCUCAACAAGAAGUCGAAGAAGAUGCCUGUCCAAUGUGA